AUGGAAGAACGAAGAGUAGUUGAUUAUUUUGUAGUAGUUGGGGCAUCCGAUGAACAAUCCCAAGAUGAUUCUAACUCUACCCAUCUAAAGCAAAGUUUAUGUUCUGAUUUACCGCCAAUUACCGAUUUAGCUAUAGUGUUUCCUUCACUCGGUGAAAAGGUACCUCCUGGUUAUACGCUUAUAGAGACAACUCCUACUGGUCUAGUAGCAGAUUUAAAUCAUGGAAGUCUAAGGAGUCCAGAAGUAUUUUUAUGUUACCAGCGUGGACGUAAUAAGCCUCCCAUCGUUGAUAUUGGUAUUAUGUAUGAUGGCAAAGAAAGGGUAUUGCAUGAUGCUAAAGUUUUAAAAACAAGUGUUAGUGGUCAAAUAGCAAAUAUCAAUAACUCUACAUCAUCUCGUACUUUUAUAACUUAUCGAAGAGCAUCACCUACUGCACCAUGUAAUAUUUUAGCUGUAUCACAUGUAUGCGUAGUUAUAACCAGCCGAGGUGAAACACCACCUCAUGCAUUUUGUCUAAUACACAAAAAUCUCAAUAAAGGUAUGGUUGGAUCAGAUGUCUAUUUAUGCUAUAAAAAGUCUGUUAUGAAGCCCAAGUCUAUUACCUAUAAACCAGUUAUUACUGAUCGAUAUCCUAAGACAGAUAGAAAUUACUUCCAUCUUCUGCCUUCAGUCGCUUUAUUUUGUUUACCAAUGGGAGCCACACUUGAAGCAUGGCCUGAUGAAGCAUCUCAACCAGAUCCUAUAUUUUCAACAUUUGUUUUAACUGUUAGCGAUGCCUCAGAAAAAGUCUAUGGCGCUGCAAUUACUUUUUAUGAAAAGUUUAAUGGAAAACUUUCUAUUGAACAACAAAAAUUAUUAGGUUUAAAAGAUUCAAAUGAGUUAAAAAAAGGAAUCAGUUUACAUGCUAAUAAGAGUGUGUGCGUCUUGUCACACUGGCCUUUUUUCGAUACUUUUCAAAAAUUCUUAAUGUUUUUAUUAAAUACUUCUCUCAAUGAACAAAUACCCAUACCUAUUGAAAGAUAUAUAACACAUCUGGUGGAUGAAGUACCAUUUCCAUCCCCAGAAAGACCGCAGAUACUUGUACAAUUAUCAACAGAUACUCAGCUUAUAUUAACUCAACCAGAAGACCUACCCAUUCCUAGAAGUGGUGCCGGUUUUCAUCAAAUGAUUAUGAAUUUACAUCCUGAUAAUUGUCUUCUAUUACUUUUGUGUGCUUUAACGGAACAGAAACUUCUCAUUCAUUCUUUAAGACCAAAUGUACUUACGGCAGUAGCAGAAGCGGUUUCCACGCUGAUAUUUCCGUUUAAAUGGCAAUGUCCAUAUAUUCCAUUAUGUCCUCUUAGUUUGGCUGAAGUCUUACACGCUCCAUUACCAUUUCUGAUUGGAGUUGAUUCAAGGUUUUUUGAUUUAUAUGAGCCACCCACAGAUGUAACUUGUGUGGAUCUGGAUACUAACACUAUUACACUUUGUGAAGAUAAAAAACAUUUAACAGCAAAACUACUUCCUAAAAAACCAACAAGGACAUUAAAGAAUACUUUAGAAAAACUCAACGAAAAACUUGAUGAUCUCCAAAGAACCUAUAAGGCUACUUGCAACAAAAGUAUUGAAGAAACUAAUAUUGAUAGAGAUUUUUUAAAAAAACGGAAAGAGCAUGAAUUAGAAUUAGAGAUUCAGGAAGCUUUUCUUCGUUUUAUGGGGUCUGUACUAAAAGGAUAUCGAUGGUAUCUAAGGCCUAUUACUAAAGCACCUACUGUUGGGGCAACAGAUACAAGUUCAUUAUUUGAUUUGCAAGGUUUUUUAAAAUCCAGAGAAAAGACAAAUGUGAAAUUUUAUUCCCUUUUAACAAAAACUCAAAUGUUUAUAAGAUUUAUUGAAGAACGAUCAUUUGUAUCCAACAUGGAUGCUGCUUUAGAAUUUUUUGAUGAGUGUUCAGAAAAAAUUGAUUUAGAAAACUAUGAUACAAGACUGAUAGAGCUUGACACAUGUGGCGAAAGUGAAAGAACUGUGUUCAUAAUGCCUCCAGAAAUGAAUGAUUUACCAUUUGAUACUCUGUAUACUUAUGAAAAUGGGUUUAUCCUAAAUUCUGAAUUAUUAAAGUGUAAAGAGUCAAAAAAUUAUUUGAAAGUAAAAAAUGAUGAACAUCUACCAAUUCCGGGCAGUCCAAUGGCUAGACGUACUAAACAUGAGGUUAAAUCAGCUCAAAAACUAGCCCGUAAAUAUUCUACAUCUCCUAGUCUUUGGGCUAAAUUUAUACUGGGAACUUGCUAUAGUUUGUGGUUUAUUCAUUUACCAAGUCAUAUUCUUCAAUCAGAAGACCGUGCCACAUCUACUCUACGUUCAGCAUAUGAGUUAUUAAAUAAAUUUCAAAAAACUGGCGUACAUUUAUUGACCGAUGAGGUUUGCUACAGGGUUAUGAUGCAGUUAUGCGGGAUUUACAAUCAACCCAUGCUGGCUGUAAAACUAUUACUUGUAAUGAAACGUUGUGGACUUCAUCCUAAUGCAAUAACAUAUGGUUUUUAUAACAGAGCUUUGUUAGAAUCUACUUGGCCAUCUGAUUUAAGAACACCUAGUCAAUUACUAUGGAAAAAACUUAGAAAUGUGGUAUUAAGUGCAGCAUUAUUUAAGAAAGCCGGGGCCCAGAAUAAAAAAAGGAGACAUUUGGAAGAGGAUAGAAAUUCCCAUACCUCUUUAGAAAGCUUGUCUACAACAGAAAAGCAUCCUUCAAUAUCAAAUACACCUAGAAAAUUAUCCAUAAAUGUAGAAUCAAAUUUUGGGUUGAGGAGUCGUCCUACUAAUAUUGUCAAACAAAUAUCCUUAUCUACUGAAGAUGAACAAUCAUGGAGUUCACAACAAUUUGAAAGUAGCGCUGGUCUCUUGAUGACUACUACUUGUUCAAGACCAAGUUCAGCUUGUUCAAAACAAAAUAGUGAUUCAAUAUCUAUUGAAAGUGAAUCUGAUUUAAAAAGAGGCCGUAGUGGGUCUCUAACAGAUGAAGUUCGUCUUCAAAUUUCACCAAGAAGACAUCAUCAUUAUCAUCAUACACUUCACAAUUCAUCCAAUGACAAAUCAUCUGAAUUACUGAAAUUAUUAAAACGUUCUAAAAGUUUUGGUAAUGAUGCUCAAAUUCUGAAAAAUCUUAAUGAUCUUAAAUACCAAACUGAAUUUAAAAAGUCAAAUGGCAUAUCUAAGAAGCUUGUAUUUGAUGGUCUGAAGUCUUUUGAGUCUUCACUAGAAAAUCUAAAUGAAGAAAGUACUCCUAAUCGAUUUGCUGAACCAGCCCAGCGAACUCCAGUAUUUGAAAAUGAUCCUUUGGGGGCAUUUCAAGAACCAUCAGAACCUAUUCCGAAUAUAUCAGUUACGGUUCCAAGGGUAAGGUCUGGUAUUGAGCUAGACCGUAGUGGCUCGCCUGUAUUAUUUCGUGAGUGGAGUAAUAUGCAUCGUAGUGCUACAUACAGUGAAGAUGUAGGUAAUGUCGAAAAGCAUAUACAAAGAUCUUCCACUAUGCCAGCUCAUAGUGCUAACGAACAAGAUUACCAACAAAGUCCAAUCAAGUCUGCUUUAGGAUCAGCAUUUAAAAUACCCUUUACUCAGUAUACUCCGACUAAAUUUUCGUUACCGCGUAAGUCCGACUUCCGUAUGGGUACCAACAUUAUUGAAAAUGCAUUCACCAAUCUAAGUUCAUCAAGUUUUUCUGGAAAAAAAUCAAAUGAGCUUCUAAUGGGCGGGUUAACUAGUUUGAAAAGUGCCGCUAAUACAAUGGUGAAAAAAUUUGAUGAAAUCAAAGAAGCAAUAUCUACGAAUAAUACCCCCAUAAAAGACUAUGUUCAAUGUCAAAGAGAAGAAGACAAUUGGAAUGGAGAUGACAAUGAUCAACAGUCAAAUGAGCCAAGUGUUAGACGUAAAAUAUCUAGUGAGAUAUCUUCUCUUGCUGUUGCCCAACAUUUAGAUUCUUGGAGUUCUAAUUUAAUUGACCUUUUUACUGAUGGCAACAGGAAAAGUAGUUCUACAAAUAUGAAUUCUGGUUGUGCAACAAUGGAUUCAUCACAAUUAAGUUUAUUCCAAGAAAAGCUUUAUAGGCGUUCUAGUCAUACGCCUGAAUUGGUUGCUUUAGAAAUUGUUAUGACCACAUGUUCAAAAUGUCACAACUGUGGAUGUUUAAUGUUUGACGAAGAAAUAAUGUCUGGUUGGGUUCCAGAUGAUUCUAAUUUAAAUACAAAAUGCAGGCUAUGUAUCAAGGAAGUAGUACCAUUUUUAACUGUAGAUGUGAUUGACUAUCGAUCAAAAAAUAGCAAUGUAACAGACGAAAACGUCAAAAAUAAUCGAGAAAAUUUAGAUUUACUAACAGAAAACAAUACAAGAGAAAUAACAAAUAAUGAGUAUAAAGCGGACACAAUCACAGUUCCUUAUUUAAAUCCACUUGUUUUGCGCAAAGAACUAGAGUCAAUUCUUGUGGCCGAAGGUGAUAUUUCAUUAAUACACUCCAAGUUUGCUGAUGAACAUCCUAUAAUAUAUUGGAAUCUAGUUUGGGUAUUUGAAAGAAUAGCAGUACCAUCCCAUAUUUCUGGUUUAUGUCUAAACGCAAAUUGCGUACUUGGCGAUCGAGAUAUCAUUGAUUUUCAUGAUAUUUGGUCAGCUUGUGAUUCAUCCAAUGUGUUAAUAACAACUCUGUGGGACAAUCCCAAACUGUACGACGAUUUAGGUUCUCCAAUGUAUGCAUUCUGGUCUGAUGAAGAGUCGAAAGAGAGUUGUUUGAUUAGUGCAUUGGUCACUGAUCGCAAUACAGUACCUAAGAAUGUUAUGUCAAAAAUUAUAGCAAAUAUUCGGCGUAAUAAUCUAAUAGAUCCACUCAAAAAGUUAGCUCACGAGAGGAACAAAUUGCGCGGCAAUGAUUUGACGCAUAGUCAUUCGUUAUACAGGGACAUACUAUUUUUAACGAUUACAGCUAUUGGUCGUGAGAACAUUGAUAUAAGUGCUUUUGAUCAAGAGUAUUUAAUAGCUUUUGAAACUGUAUCAGAGAGUGAUUCUAAAUUGUUAUUAAAAUGUGAUUACCCAUUAUCAGUUGGAAGUCAGUAUUGUCGUCAUCUGUUCAAGGAACUUGAACUUUCAAAUUACAAGUGA